UCGCGAUGUAUUCAGAUUGAUUGCCACGGAACCGUGCACUCGCAACAGACCGACUCUGACUCACUGGACUUGAUUUCUAUUCGCCGAACACGUUGUCAAAUCGACGUGGAGAAAGGUUGAUGAGGCGGUGCAUGGGACCGUGAAAUCUUUUUGCUGCAUGGCGUCCAUCCAUCCGUUCAACAAGGGUGCUCCUUGCCUCUUGACUCGAAGCGCAUCCACGAAGCACAUUCUGCCCACUCGGCUCGCCAGGCAAAACCCCUCUUGACGCACCUUGAUCACUAGAGUGGCGGAUUGAAGAAGAGGCGCACUCGAGCUCUGAUGAGGAGGGAAAUUCUUCCCUAACACACGCAAGAUUACGAUCGAGCCAAAGAGCAGGCCAAUAUGGUGGGGAAAGGUGAUAUGUCGAACGAUUCGGGUCAAGCAGUGGAGCAAGUGUUGCGGAACGGGGUGGCUCCGCUGAACUUGAGCCAAGCUGGUCCUUCUCGUGGCACUUCAUCCUCCCUGGACGCCACAUCCUCGUUGGACACCACAUCCUCUACACCGCGCGCAAGCACGAGCGCGACCUCGGGUCCAUCAACCUCUGCCAAGCCCAAGUUGACGAUGGACGAGAUCACAUCUCGAGAUAGGAGGGCCGCUUCUGCGGCUGCAAUAGCCAAUUUUGGGAAUGUAGAAGAUGUUCUGUGUCAAAACAGGAGGACCAUUUCGGAUUUCUUGAGAAAGAAGAUCGAAGAAGAGGCUGCCAAGAAUUGGGACAAGUUCUACAAAGCCAACGAAAAUCGCUUCUUCAAGAACAAGAAUUGGACGGAUAGAGAAUUCGCCGAGUUGCGAGCUCAGGAUCAGAAGAAACAGACCGGAGGUCCUACUGGAGAUUGCGAGAAGAAGGCGGCUGUAGAUGCUUCAGACGAAGCUUCUUCCAACGCUGCGGUGCAGACUGAGCUUGAGCAAGCCACCUCGUCCACUCAAGAGGUCAUACUACUGGAGGUGGGCUGCGGUCCUGGGAACAUGCUCUAUCCGGCUCUGGCCAACAACGCAUCACUCAAGGCGCACGCCUGCGAUUUCUCAACUCGAGCCAUCGAUCUCGUCACGACUCAUCCUCAGUACGACACGGCACGAAUCAAUGCUUUCACGUACGACUUGACGAGCAAUCAAGCUCUCUUGCCCCAACUCCAAUCGCACCCUUUCGGUCGACCGAACGUCAUUUCCCUGAUCUUUGUCCUCUCGGCCAUCCCACCUUCUCUGCAUGCCCAAGUCCUACAGAAUCUAGCCGAGGUGCUGCCCGAAGGCGGAUCGCUGGUCUUUAGAGACUUUGCGUUUGGAGAUUUGACCCAGCUGAGGUAUCAUUGGAGAAAGGAUAGGAGCUGGGUAGAGCCUAGCUGCGUCAUCGUGCCAGACUUGAUUGGUGAGGAUGCAGAGGAAGGGCAAGAGAACGCUUGUGGAGGAUUGUACAGACGCGGAGACAAUACCCUCACUUACUACUUUCGUGUAGCUGAGCUCCAAAGAACAGCGGAGCUCGCUGGUCUGGAAGGUCCUGUCACGGAGAUCAGACAAGAGGGUCUGAACAGAAAGACUGGCGUCGUGCUCCGACGAAGAUUCGUUCAGGCGAACUGGAAGAAAAAAGCAGCUGCUGCAUCGACUGUGAAUAGGCGGACGGACUAGAGGCUCGGGCACCACACUCUCCCUUGCGCACGGCCAGAGGAGAGAGAGAGAGAGAGAGAGAGAGAGAGAGAGUGAGAGAUGACGCUUAUCUAUUCUAUUUGGCAUGCAAGUACGGUCGCGUGCUGCAGAGGUGCAAAUGGCAAUUGCACGAGAUAAAUAAAGCAAAGAUAGGGACGACGACCAAGGUGCACUUUAUUUAGGCAUUCCAAAAGAUGUGGCAGUGGUG